GGAUGUGCGUGAAGGUGGUGUAGAUCUGCUACCUGGAGAUAGACUUUUCGACCUCGAGUAUGCAGACGAUAUCGUCUUACUGUGCGAUAGCAUGCAGGCUGCCCAAAUCGCACUUAAUCAGUUGGCGAUCAGUGUCUGUAAGUAUGGUAUGUGCUUUGCGCCGUCUAAGUGCAAAGUACUGUUACAAGAUUGGCAGGAGCCUGUACCUGCACUCACUCUUGCGGGUGAACCGCUUGAAGUUGUCGAUAAGUUUGUGUACCUAGGUAGUUGUGUGAGUGCUGGCGGAGGGGUGACGGAUGAGAUUUCUAACCGUAUAAUGAAAGCUAGGGUGGCAUACAUCAACUUGAGCCACCUCUGGCGCCGUCGCGACGUUAGCCUGGCUGUCAAAGGUCGGGUAUACAAUGCUUCGGUGCGGGCUGCGCUGCUCUACGCCUGUGAAACCUGGCCUCUCCGAGCUGAGGAUGUGAGGCGACUCUGCGUGUUCGAUCACCGCUGUCUCCGCAGGAUUGCUUGCGUUCGAUGGCAUCAUCGCGUGAGUAAUUCUGAGGUUCGGCGGCGUGUGUUUGAACACAGUGGAGAUCACCAUUCAUUGAAUGUCGUCAUCUGGAAACACCGGCUCCGGUGGCUUGGACAUGUGCUGCGAAUGUCACCCCAGAGGCUUCCGUACAGGUCUCUGUUCGCUAGCCCUGGGACGGGUUGGAAAAGGCGGAGAGGUGGUCAGCCCAUGACGUGGCGUCGUGGGAUGAAGGAUAUUUGUGCUAGAUUAGCAUCGGUUGGUGUGUCACGACUCCCUGGUUGGGGUCUGAGAGAUAGCUCAAAUCGAUGGCUCGAAACGUUAUCGGAUAUGGCCAAGAAUCGUAAUCAAUGGCGAAUGUGUUGCGAUUUCCUUCUUUCUUCCAUUCCCGAUGAUAGUUAACGAACACUGUUUGAACCUGUUAAGAAUGAGUGUUUUC